AUGCUGAGCUUUACUUUUCUUCCUUGGAAUGUUGGAUAUUUCUUAUAUGCAUAUGGCACCAUCUUCAUUAUUAUCCUAAUUAUCUGGCUAGUGAAAAGGAGUUACCAUGGAUUAAGAUUGGGACCUAAAAUGAGCUUCUGCUUGUGUCACCCAAAACUCAGGCAAAUGGCUAAAGAUGCAGCAUCAAGAGCUAGGAGACAUUCCUGCAAAGAAACUGAGAAGCCAUGGGAGCUGCUCUCUGUCAUGAAAAGCCAGGGUUGGCUUCCUCAAGAUGGAAGUGUGCGGAAGCUCCUGUGUGCAGAUACCUACUGCCAAAUCUGCAAUGCCAUGGCUCUGGAGAUCCAGCAGUUGCUGGUGGGUGAGAACACCCUGAUCUCUGCCACUUUACCAGGGCCAUCAGAUGCCUCCCCUUGCCUAGAGAUUUUAUUCAAGUCCAAUGUGUCUUUUGAGCAGAGUCUGGAGCAUCAUUCCACAUGCUCUCAAGAGUUUUCACUUCCAUCUGCAACCCACACAGUGUCAAAAUUAACAGCUGAGAAAUCCUUAUCUGGGACUGUUACCCAGUCAGCUGGUGAAUCAACUGAUUCAGAGAGUAUGCAAGAUUACUGGGCUGAAAAUGUCCAGCUAGGACAGAAAUUUCAAGUGACAGAAAUGCCCAAGGUCCAUAAGGCUAUGUCUUCUUCAAACUUCAAGGGACCUAGGAUUCCAGUGAACCAGCAGGAGAUUAUACAACACAACCUCAACCAUGUGUAUGGGAACCAAGAUCAGCAGCCCUUGUAUCCCCAGGUCUCUCUGCUGACCCUGAACCAAGAAAUCACUACCCUGACACAUUCUAUGGCCUUGCCUAUGGUCACUAUCCUCCCCACCCUUCUGCCAUUCUCCAGUCCUGAAGUCAUGCAGCUUCUUGAGGUACAUGUAAAAAAAUGGAUGCAUUUCCAGAGGUGGGGGCUGCCCAGACGUGUAGAGGAGUCCCUGAGGCAGCUUAUACCAAACCCAUUACUGUUUUACCAACCUGUAAACAACCAACCAGUUUCCCUCAUCCAAAAUGAUAUUGCUGAAUUCUCUGUAGAGAAAUUUGCAACAAUUUCCCACCAGACCUGGGGAUCAUAUAUGGCUGGCCAGGCUAUCCAAGCAUUCUGGGUUUCUGAAUGGUCCAUUAUGGACCCAAUACGAAGACACUACUACCAGCAAAAUCCAAACCAUGUGGCUCUAACCUUCCCCUCUCAAGCCCUUAAAGACUUAAGUGGCCUCUAUCCACUUCCUGGGCAACAGCCGAAUGACUCAAUGGGUCAUGUACAGCAGAAAUCUAUCCAGCUAUUCUGUGGCCUCCCUUUUCUGCACAGUGAGUCUCUGGCUGACACCUUUUUGGGCUCUCAAGUUCAUUCCACAAACAGGAGCAUGUCCAAGCACCCCUUGAAGGAUCCUUUUCUUUUCAAGGGGAUCUCCUCCACCCCUCUGCUGCCUAAAGUCCCACCCCAGUCAGCCCCACACUCUUCUCCAUCUUCCCCAAAUUGGAUCAUGCCAUCUGACCAUCAACAAGCUCUGAUCAAUGUCCCAUUUCUGACUCUGGCCAAGUGUGAAGCUUUAGAGUGGCACCUGCUGCAGAGGCAGCUCCAGCGUCAGUGGGUUUUGCCAGCUGUUUUCCAGAGAGCUCUGCACACACAGAGCCCCGUGCUAUCUAAGUCCUGUGACACAGCCCAGUCUCCUCAGACUGUGAAAACUUCCCAGCUAAGAAAGUCCAUCUCCAUCCUCUCAAGGGAAAUAUUCUUGCCCGAGCAUACCCGGAGGCUACUGGAAUUCCACCUCCAGAGGCAGUUGAUUCACCAUCGCUGGGGCCUGCCACACAUGAUUCAGCAGUCCUUCCAGUUGAUCCUGUCCCCCACUCAUCAGCAGGCUCCAUCCUGGAGCAGCACAGCCCUAGCCAAUGUGAGUGUUCUCCCACCCUCAGACACAGAGACCACUGGUGCCGGUGACUCUUUCUCACCCUUUAAAGAACCAGCAUCAGUCCUCAUGCCACACUUAUUUGACCAGGUCAAGGCAAUACUGCAGAGCCACAUCGACUCCAAAUGUGGGCAGAUUCAUGAAGGCAAGGUCCCUGCCCAUGUGUAUAGGUCUUGUGAGUGCAUCAUUCCUAGGGGCCCCGAAAUGUCUCCCUUCACCUGCAUCGCAGAAAGCAAGCCUCUGGUGAUACAGGCAGCAACCGACCCUGACCAACAACAGAAAGUUAUGCCCUGGAUGCUGAGAGUUCUUGAUCAGCAACAACAGACCUCACUAGAUGUUGUCACUGAACAUCCUAAGCUACCCCAAGCCCUGUCCAAGGAAGCCACUGAGAAACUGGAGAUGACUUUGAGGCACAAGUAUCUGGCCUUCUUGUCAGGGCUGCCUCCUCUUUACUAUGUGCCUUCUUCCAAGGCCAUGGCCCAAGCAAGCACUACUCAAACUACGAUCACAGAGGUGGUCCCUGAGCCUGUCAAGAUCUUAACAGAACCUCUGACUGAAAUGGUCUUACCUGUAGAGCAGCAUCUAAGUCCUGGGCCAUGCUUGCAAGAUACCAAUGAGACUUGUGCAGAAAUUGCAGAUGAGGUUCAGCCUGUAGCACAGGUGGAAGAAAUGGUUGAAAUGGAGCCUCUAGAAAGCCAGCCAGAGCCUGCUAGGCCCUACUUACUCAAGCCCAUCUUGAACAAACUAAAUUUUCACCUGAGAAGGAAGAUCCUAGAGAUACAAUGGGGAAUUCCCGCAAAGGCGAUGGAGUCCAGGGAACAAACUGUAGCAAUCCCAGAGAACACAUCUACACAGCAGUCUCUUGGGAGUCUAAACAACCAAGAAAAAACAUUGUUCCAGGAACGGCCCAUCCUACCAGACGCUCCCCAUAUCCCAGAUUCAAAAUGUCUCUACUUUAAGGAACAGCUGGCCAUUGAGUUAAAGACAGUGCAGCAGAACCAGAAACAACCUAGUUCCAGAGCAGCACCCCAUAGUUCUGCCGGCAGGCCCUCCAAGAUGUCACAGCCAGUUGGAGACACGACAGAGGGCCCGGUGCUUUGUGUUCAGUUGGAGGCCAGUCCGAACAACCCCAGCCUGAAGGAGCCCUGGAGCCCUGAGGCCCAAAGCCCUGGCAAGAGCAAGGACUCAGCCCAAAUCCCCAUGCUGGCUGAAAAGAAAGAGGACCUAGGGAAAAGCAAAUUGGCAGGAUACCAUGGAGAAGGAGAUGCAGGGUUUCUGCUCUCCUCAACAAGAGUAAAGAGCCACCCUGCUAAAGCCCAGAGGCCUGAAAGGAUGCUUCUGAACAGGACCCCCCAAAGCCCCUGGCCACAGAAACAUAGCUUUCAACUUGAUGCUCCUUGUCAACACAGUUCCCAGCAUUGCCCUCAGCUUAAGUCCCCAGAGCUACCUCUAGGAGUCCCUGGGGGCAAAGAAUCUAAGAAGAAUGACCUGCUAGACAGUCAAACCAGGCUCAAUGUCAGCCUCAAACAAGUAAGGAUUCCUAAGAAUGCCCAGGCUGUGGAGCCCCAGGCACCACUGGACCAGCCAGUCCAGGCCCAACUCAUUCAGCAUAAGCCAUUGCAGGGCCAAACUUUGCAAGUUCAGGUUUUUCAGCAGCAGGUGAUACCAGCCCAUACUCACGGCCUUCCAGAAUUGGGUUUGAGAAAUAAGAUGAAAUCCUUUCUGCAGCUUAUAAACCUCAAGGCCAAAGGCAAAGGGCACAAGGAAUCCAUGUUUUCGACAGCUGUGAAAGUGGUCAACACCAGAAAAGAAAGUGUAGCAAAGAGGCUGGCUCCAUGCAAAAGUCCCGUGGAGCAAACUAAGACAGAGAAGAAGACACGAGGGGACUCCAAGGCCCAAUCGCUCCCCACUGAGAAGAAGGUGGGCCUGGCCUCCUUGGAUGGCUCUCAGUCCCCAGACUGUAAGCUUCGGCACCGCUUCUGCUCCCAUAAACCCCCCUCUGCCUCAAGCUUGGGCCACCCCCGCCACUGCCCUCGGCACUGUCCUAGAGUGGCUUGUGUCUCCCAACCUGGGUACCCACCCUAA